CUCGAAGCCCCGAAUCUCCAUCUCUCAGCCUCUUCAACUCCACGCUGGGCGCUGCACAACCCUCUCGGGCGGAAAUUUUGCGUGCCGGUUUGCGAUAUAUCUUUUUCGCGUCGGAGAUUCUAAUUUUUAUCGUGUACAAUUGACCCGGGCCGUCUGUUCCGCCAUGGCCGACUAUCUCCUCUUCGAAGGCCCUAUGGGCUACUCACUUUUCAAGGUCUCCCUGCAGGCCGAUACUGUGGGUAAUCGUCUGAAGGAGGUCCAGGAUGGUGUUCGGGAUCUGGCGACAUUUGGCAAGAUGGUGGAUUUGGCCAGUUUUUUGCCUUUUGAAAACAACAAGCAGGCUCUCAGUGAAAUCAACGAUAUUUCGGAAGGUGUUGCAUCUGAUACGCUUAUUUCCUUCCUCGAGAUGAAUUUGCCCAAGCCCAGCAAGAAGAAGAACAUUGUUCUUGGAGUCGCUGACAAGGCUCUGGCUGGAAGUAUCAAGUCGGCCUUCUCCUUUGUGGACUGUGAGACUGGAGACACGAGCGAGGUUGUCCAGGACAUGCUCCGCGGCAUCAGACUGCACGCGACCAAGCUGCUGAAGCAAUUGCGUGAGGGAGACAUGGGCACUGCGCAACUCGGUCUUGGUCACGCUUACUCGCGCGCCAAGGUCAAGUUCUCCGUGCAGCGUGACGACAACCACAUUAUCCAGGCCAUUGCCAUCCUUGACCAACUUGACAAGGCCAUCAACACCUUUGCGAUGAGAUGCCGGGAGUGGUAUUCUUGGCACUUUCCUGAGCUCAUCAAGAUCGUCUCCGACAACCAGCGCUAUGCCCAGGUUGCUCUGUUCGUGAAGGAUAAGAAGACCCUGACUGAUGAGAGCUUGCACGAUCUUGCUGCUCUCGUAGAAGACGAUGAGGGCAUUGCCAGAAACAUCAUCGAGGCUGCCAGACACAGUAUGGGUCAGGACAUCUCGGAAACUGACAUGGAGAACGUGCUGGCCUUUGCGAACCGUGUGGUCAGCCUUUCCAAGUACCGCAAGUCGCUCCACGCCUACCUGGUGUCCAAGAUGAGCGUUGUCGCCCCCAACUUGGCUGCGUUGAUUGGCGAGAUCGUCGGUGCCCGCCUGAUCUCCCACGCCGGAAGCUUGACCAACCUCUCCAAGUACCCUGCCUCCACCGUGCAGAUUCUUGGAGCUGAGAAGGCCCUUUUCAGAGCGCUGAAGACCAAGGGUAACACCCCCAAGUAUGGUCUGCUCUAUCACUCUUCCUUUAUCGGCAAGGCCGGCCCCAAGAACAAGGGUAGAAUCUCUCGCUUCCUGGCGAACAAGUGCUCUAUCGCCUCCAGAAUCGACAACUUUUCCGAGACUCCGUCCACCAAGUUUGGUGAGAUCCUGAAGCAGCAGGUCGAGGAGCGCCUGGAAUUCUACUCUACCGGCGCUGCACCCACCCGGAACGAAAUUGCCAUGAAAAAUGCCAUGGAUGCUGUUCUCGCCGAUAUGGACGUGGACGGCGAUGCCAGCGACGUAGACAUGGACGAGGUUGAUGAGAAGAAAGAGAAGAAGGAAAAGAAGGAGAAGAAAGACAAGAAGGAGAAGAAGGACAAGAAGGAGAAGAAGGAGAAGAAGGAAGAGAAGGAAGAGAAGAAGAAGAAGAGGAAGUCGGACGUUGGCGGCGACUCGGACAAGAAGAAGCGGAAACAUGACACCGAUGCUGAGCCAUCCAAAAAGAAGGUCAAGGUCUAAUCGCACUAUAUCUUGGGACAUGUGGGAGUCAUUAUCGCGGCGUUAGUAUGGUUGAGC